AUGCAGAUGGAUACAGGAGUUUCCCAACUAGGGCUCAGGUGUCAGCAGAUAAGCAGCGCUAUGAAGGAUUACGAGUUUCUUACAGCAUUAAAUGCUUUGGCUGUCUCUUAUGAGAAAGGAGAAAACAAUGUGACCAACACUAGUCCAUCUGAACAUGGUGGAAUCAAAACGCUGUUUAAGAUUUUGGGUCGCUUAAGCAGGGAUUGCGGUAAUCUGUGGACGGUUAGUGAAGAUAAUGACUGGUUGGUGCUAUACUUGUUCUUCCGUUGUUAUGGAUGGAAAGAUAUCGAUUUUAAUGAUGUACGAUCACAAAUACUGGUUCCUUCAGCAACAAAACGAUAUAGAAAUCUGUCAAAAGAUGAGGAACUAAAAAUGAAGGAUAGAAUCAUCUCAGUCUCCAAGGAACUUAUAAAUUUGAUAAAAGAGCUCCCUCUAACUCUAACUGGUUUGAAGAUGUUUCUCAGUUCUAUUCAUUUAGCUCGUGGGAUGCAUCAAACACGAAAAGAGAUCGCUUUGCAUGCUGUUGAGUGGUUGACAUUUGGUUUGCAAACAGAUGGGGGUGGUGUGAAGGCGAAAACGGGUUUUCAGUCUGCUAAUAAGAAUUCCCUAACACAGCCGUUUCUUCCAGAAGAUUCAACACCUGAAAGCAUGUUUAUGACAGUCAAGGAUCUUAUUUGGAUUUGCUGUACGGAUGGUAAUCGAACCAUUCGAAUCGAGACACUUGGGGCGCUAAAUUUUCUCUUUAUUCAACUUUCUGUGAAUACGAUUGUACGCUUAAUCAAGCUGUCACUUGAGGUACUAGAAAAACCAGAGGUGUGUGCUAGUGAGGCAACUGAAGGCGUUGUAGACAUGCUCAAUCUUUUGUUGAAGCGACUAUUACCCAGUGAACUGGAGUCCUAUACAGGUACACCGUCUUCUGAGAAUGAAACUUUGUUGAAAAACAAUAUCUGCAGAUUUUCUACGGACUUUCUUCAUGGUCAGUUGUUCCCACGAUUAAGUGCGAUAGCCCUCAAACUUUUCUGCAGUAAUUAUCUGCAUGUUCGUAAAGCUGCAGUCCGAGCGUACUUGACGUGCCUCAAGCGGUGUUCGCGCGAUGUAUUUGAUGAGACUCUCCGUGAAGUUGUAAAACAGCUGUGUAUGAAUACCGAUACACCAAGUCAAUUUAAUCAAGAAAACCUGCCUUCAAAACCUCAAGACUGGAAAAACACUCCCGGAUUAUAUGAAAGUCUUCUUGACCUAUGUCGAAUUAUGAUCAAGAAAGUUGGUGAAAGUAAUCUGCCUGCGAAUACUGGAGAAUUACAAAAUUGUGUAGUCGACUUUUAUUUGGGCCAUUCAUCAGAAAAUGUUCGUAAUAGUGCAUGCAACCUAUUUCUUACAUUGAUCAUUAGUGCUGCAAAAAAUCCCAAUCGUCUCCGCUAUUUACUGAACAAAGUAUUAGAAAAUUGGCAAGUAAGACAAGAUAUAGUACUGUCUCCCAUUCCAAAGAUGUGGAAUGCUACAAAUGAAACUGAAAAAGGUGCAUUACCCACAUGGGAAAAGCCUUUAAUUGUAAGGUCAAGAAGUCAUAUGAUGAGUUGGACAUGGCGUGAAGGCCGUAUGCGUACUUACUGUUCAGUAGCACGUGCAUUGGUUGGACUUCAUCUGAAAGUACUCUGUGACCCAACAUUUACAGAUAACAGAUCAUCAUUUGGAUUCUCACCGGACAGACUGUCCCAAACCAGCCUCAGUCCCGUGUUGAAAUCAAGACCGAGUCUCCUGAUUAUUGAUGGCGAACGUCAUUCUUCAAUAAGUAAACCGCUGCAAAUUAUAGAUGGUCUACCGUCUGUCUUUCGACAAAGGCGAAAAUCUAAUUCAUUACAAAAAUUUAUGUGUUUAACAGUACUGGAAAAUGUUCGUAUGAUUGAGAUGGGAGAAAAAGCAAAGCAACUGGAGGUGAGUAAGGCUCAAACGUGGCUGAGAAAACUUAGUACAGCGCAACCAUUUUCUUCGAUAGGCAAAGUGAAUAAUAGUCGCGUGGAACUUGAUUCCAUCAGUAUGAAGUCUAUAUUGUUCAGUAUGCUCCAACAUUGUACGGAAUGUUUGUUGGAUGAGAACGCUGAACUACAUCGUACGGCCAAAAAAGCUUUUUAUGACAUUGGAAGACUUAUUCGAUGUUAUGAUGCUGAUCUUCUAUUGGAACUAAUUUCAUCACAUAUGCUUGGUCCACCGACUAUGAUGUCUUAUGCAACCUUGAUACUUUUACGUGAUGGCCUAUCUGAAUUGUGCCAGUAUGAUGAAAUUUUACAAAAGGAAGAACAAGAACCAGGUUUCACUGAAAGAUAUGCCAGUAUUGGAACAAUUCCUAUUUUGAAUGGACCACUACUUUAUGGUCUAUUUUCACCGGAUAAAUCAAGAUUAUGGCUUCGAAGUUGCCAACAGUAUAUGUUUAAUACCACAGUGCCCAUGUUUAUUGGUAUCUUAUCAAUGGAGUGCACCUUGCGUUGCCUUUGUCUAAUGCAUAGACUGUCUAAUUUAUCGCUUGUAGCAUGCACUUGGGAAAGCAUGAGACCGGAUCCAUUUUCAAACUUAUCAUACACUCAGCGUAAUCUCGAAGUAGAUCCAAGCGAUGUGGCGGAAUGUGUUAGAGGCUUUGUCGAAUUCGUUCAACGCAUGGACUUUCUUUUGAUGCAACACAAUUGGCCACAACAUAAAACCAAGUCUUUCAUGCCUACAGCUUACUCAGUCGACUGA